UCCCAUUCAGAGAGAGCUGGUGAACCAGCUGGAGGAGAAGAGAAGAGAAGAGAAGAGCAGCAGCUUGUUGUGAUCUGUUGGCGGAUUUCAGACCACCUCAUAUACAGAUUCUCCCGUUGCGUUUAUAACACCUUUUAUUCACCACCGCAACGUCUCCGAUACAUCAUUUUACCGGGAGGAAAGCGAGGAUGUAGUGUUGUUGUUGUCGCACACCUCUAUUAACGCUAGGUGACGGUGGAUGCUGCUCCAUCCAUCCCAUCAGCCAUCAGCCCGGGUCUCUCUCCGUCUGGCAGCUCCUGUCUUCUAUUCGAAGACCAGCCCUGUGUCCUGUCCUGUCCUGUCCUGUCCUGUCCUGUCGUCUGGAGGAUCGUGUUGUGGAUGACUAAGCCGACGGGGCUCCGUGCGUGUGUCCACCGGGCGGGCCGAUGCUAGGAUCGUGUGUGAGAGGGUCUGAGAGGAGAUGUCCGAGCGGGGAUGCCUCCUCCUGGUCUUGGAGACCGUGUUGUAGUGGAGGGUCUACCCGGGUGUCCACAGUCUACCUGCCUCUCUAGACCAGCGGAGCAACUUUCCAGCCUCACUAGCAGUGACACAUAUCUGGAUGGUGGACUCGCAGUAUGCCCCCCCCCUCAACGACCACCUCACCACCGGCUGGAGGGAGUAGCAGCAGCACCGGAGGAGGAGGAGGAGGAGAGGGGCCCAUGUCCUCCACCUCCACCUCCAGCUCCUCUUUCCGGUUCGUCCCGGCGUUCUGCCUGGGCGUGGUGGCAGCAGUAGUGUUCCAGCUGGCCUGGGGAGGCCUGACUCUCACCUCCUUCUUCUUGAAGUUGUUCAUCUAUGUGUCCUUCGCCCUGCUGUGUUUCCUGGCUGGGAGUUUUGUUCUGCUGGUCAGGAAGAGUCCUCUCAAAGUCAGCAGCUUUGACAGAAACAGAAGGCAGUCAGCUGUACGGCUGGACUUCUUCAACAAGCUGAUGGCCCGUUUUUUGGUGCCAGUUCAGGAGUCAAACCAGAGUAGGAGGGUGGUGGUGUCACACAAUGUGGACAAAGCUCUGAAGGAAGUGUUUGACUAUGCCUACAGAGACUACAUCCUGUCCUGGUACAUCCCUCUGAGUCACGAUGAGGGCCAGUUGUACUCCAUGCUGUCGGAGGACUGGUGGCAGAUGAUUGGGCAGUUGAGAUCCAGGCUUGCUGACAUUGACCUUGUCAACGUGGUGUGUUAUGACACCAUCCGAAUCUUACACACACACUUCACUGACCUCAAGGCUGCAUCUGCAAGACCGGAGGAGUGCACUCGACCGUUUCCUCUCCAUCCCUGUCUGGUGGGUCCAGACUCUGAGCUGGCCUUCCUCCGCUGUGUAGCCAGAAUACUGCUGCUAUGUCUGCUGCCACAAAAGGAUGCCAAGUCACAUACACUACGCUGCUGCCUCACAGAAGUCAUCACUACUAAAGUGUUGAAGCCUUUAGUAGAAGUGCUCAGCGAUCCAGACUCCAUAAACAGGAUGCUGUUGUCUCAGCUGGAGCAGAGGGAGCAGCAGGCUGAGCAGCAGAAGAAAGCCUACACCUACGCUGCCUCCUAUGAAGACUUCGUCAAACUGAUAUCAACUUCUGCCGAUGUCAAUUUCCUCAAACAACUCAGGUAUCAGAUAGUGGUGGAGAUUAUUCAUGCCACCACCAUCAGCAGCCUCCCUCAGCUCAAGAAGCAGAAAGAGCGAAAAGGUAAAGAGUCAGCAGCCAUGAAGGCAGACCUGCUGAGGGCCAGAGAUAUGAAACGAUAUAUCAAUCAGCUGACUGUUGCUAAGAAACAAUGUGAGAAACGGAUCCGCCUCCUCGGUGGACCAAACUAUGAGAACAAUGAGGAAGGAGGGACUGAUGACAGUGAUGAGCCUCAGAGUCAGAAGAUUCUCCAGUUUGAUGACAUCCUGUGUAAUCCAGGUUACAGGGAGCAUUUCAGAGUUUAUAUGGAGAGAGUUGAUAAGAGAGCUCUGAUUAGCUUCUGGGAACUGGUGGAAACACUGAAAACUGCCAACAAGAAUGAAGUGCCCCAAAUUGUAGGGGAAAUCUACCAAAAGUUCUUUGUGGAGAGCAGGGAGAUCCCCGUGGAGAAGUUUCUCCUUAAGGAGAUCCAACAGAGUCUGGUGGGGAACAGAGGAACACAAGUCUUUGUUAGACUACAAGAACAGGUGGCUGAGACGAUGAGAGAGCGAUACUACCCCUCGUUCCUGGUUUCCGACCACUACGAUAGGCUGAUCAGACGAGACGAGCAGCACAGCCAAUCACAGUGUAGCACUGAGGAAAAGGAGGAAGAAGGGUGCCAGGGUCUAGACGCAGUAGAGGAGGUAGGUGAUGAAGGCAGUAAAAGAAUCAAUGAGCAGGCCAGCUACGCUGCUACGAAACUCCGCCUACUCUACGACAAACUGGAGUAUAAGCGACAGGCCCUGGGCUCCAUCCAGAAUGCACCCAAACCAGACAAAAAGAUUGUGAGCAAACUAAAGGAAGAGAUCGGAGCCAUGGAGAAAGAACACGGUGAACUCCAGCAGCAUAUCACCAGGACUGACUGGUGGUGUGAAAACCUGGGCCACUGGAGAGCUACUAUCACUACAGCUGAGGCUACAGAAGAGGGGGGUGAGACAGCAGCUUGUUACAGUGUGUGUGUUAGCCUGGUAGAAGGAGAGGAAACAGCCAACAGUCGCUGGAGCGUCCAGAGGAAACUCACUGAAUUCCAGAUGUUGCACCGCAAACUCACCGAGUGUUUUCCAUCGUUGAAGAAACUUCAGUUACCAUCACUCAGUAAACUUCCCUUCAAAUCCAUCGACCAGAAAUUCUUAGACAAGAGCAAAACUCAGCUCAAUGCCUUUCUCCAGCGUCUGCUGACAGAUGAGCGACUGUGCCAGUCAGAGGCUCUCUAUGCGUUCCUCAGCCCGUCCCCAGAGCACCUCAAGGUGAUGUCAAUCCAGAAGAAAUCUUCUUUCUCUCUGGCCUCCUUCCUGGAGAGGCUACCUGGAGACUUCUUCUCCCAUACUGAGGAGGAGGCUGACGAUGACAGCGACUUGUCGGACUACGGUGAUGAGGCCGACGGGAGGAGAGACGCCCUGGCUGAACCCUGCUUCAUGCUCAUAGGAGAGAUCUUUGAACUCAGAGGAAUGUUUAAGUGGGUGAGGAAGACUCUAAUUGCACUAGUCCAGGUGACAUUUGGACGAACUAUUAACAAACAGAUCCGGGACACAGUGAACUGGAUUUUCUGUGAACAGAUGAUGGUGUGUUACAUCAGUGUGUUCAGGGACAACUUCUGGCCAAUGGGAAGCUGGCGCCACACCUCAACGUCCCGAACUGACACUGAGCGCAGUGAAACUAAGGACCGGGCUCAACAGAAACUGCUUGACAAUAUCCCAGAUGCACUAGCAAAUCUAGUUGGCCAGCAGAAUGCCCGCUAUGGAAUCAUCAAGAUCUUCAAUGCCCUGCAGGAGGCUAGUGCCAACAAACAUCUUCUCUAUGUGUUGAUGGAAAUGUUACUGAAGGAAGUGUGCCCUGAACUCAGCGCGGAAGUGGACAACAUCUGAACUUUAACACACACAUACACUUAAUACAAACGGGAGUCUUUGGAUCUUUUAGGCCUUUCUGUAGCUGACCAAUCAUAAACUGCCAAGCUAGACAGGGAGACGGCCUUCGGGUUCAACCUCAGACAGAAAGCAACUGCGUCGGUCACAACCGAGACACGUGCUGAUUCUGUUGCUGUGAAAUGAUGAAAAGCUGAGCUGACACCAGACCUGACCGGGGCUGAUGUUUCACUUUGUUGUGGUACAGAUCUAAACUCGUCUGUGUGAAUAGGGAGAAACCACAUGGAGUCUCCUAUUUAGACAGCCGUUCUACACUAGACGGAUCACAUUUGUACCUGAAAGUCCACAUUCACACAAGAACAAAUAGUAUUUUUGACAUCAUGUGAGCCACGUCCUGCAGUUUUUUAUUUUUUUUUAUUUUCAACAGCACCAAAACAUUAGAUCUGUACCACAACAAAUCUUUUGUUCCUGUGUAAAUUGUGGCGGUCUAUAGAAUACAGACAGUAACAAUGUGUGAAAGUAAACAACGGGAUCGUUUGGUCAUCAGUUUGUAGAGCUGAUAAUCUAAAGACCCUGAUUAAAUGCAGCAAAGACAGUUGAAGUUCAGAUUCUCUGUCGCCCUCUAAAGGCAACCAAUGCGUAAUUGCCCACGGACCUCUGAACAUUCCUUCUACACACAACCUGAGCAACAACACGUGUGUUCUGUGAUUCUUGUAAGGCUUAUAAUUGUGCAAUAUAAUGUCAUGUAAAAGUCAUUGUGAUGAUUUUAUUUAUGAUUAUUAUUGAUAGAUUUUAUUUUUACCAAAAAUUGUUUAGAGAGCGUUUAUAUAAGCAAUAAAUUGCAAACAAGA